AUGCGCACUUCGCCGGCGGGGUUUUACCUCAGAGGGCGGAGGAUGGCGGUGGCAACCGGGCCGGAGCGUCCCCGCUGCCGACGCCGACGCCGCCUCGUCUCGCCGGGCUGGAGGAGUUGCCGGCGGGCGGGAGGCCUCUGAAAAGGCCGGAGAAGGAACGAGAGAGGGAUUGAGAGCGAGAAAGAGAGAGCCAGGCCCAGAGAGGCCGUUUUGCCAAGAUGGAGAUAAAUCCCGACGCUUUCGGCCCUGCCGGGGAUGUCCUCAGCGCAGAAUCCGCCUGCUACCAAUGUUCCACUUGCUGUGCGGACGAGGAUCGCACUUGCGCCAACUCCAUGCGGAGCCGCUCCAAGACGCGCAGUUUAUCCGCUUCUCCGGCCCUGGGCAGCGCCAGAGAAUUCAGGAGGACGCGCUCCUUGCAUGGACCAAGCCCAGUGACCACGUUUGGACCAAAGGCCUGCAUGCUGCAGAAUCCCAAAACUAUCAUGCACAUUCAGGACCCAGCAAGCCAGCGGUUGACGUGGAACAAGCCUCCGAAGAGCGUUCUUGUGAUCAAGAAGAUCCGGGAUGCCUCUCUCCUGCAGCCCUUUAAAGAACUCUGCAUCUAUCUCACAGAGGUGAACAACAUGAUUGUUUACGUCGAGAAAAAAGUUCUGGAAGACCCAGCCAUCAUGAACGACGAUAGCUUUGGAGCAGUGAAGAAAAGGUUUUGCACUUUCAGAGAAGACUAUGAUGAUAUCUCCAACCAGAUAGACUUUAUCAUCUGCCUGGGAGGAGAUGGGACCUUACUAUAUGCUUCUUCGCUUUUCCCGGGCAGCGUGCCUCCAGUUAUGGCUUUCCAUUUGGGAUCGCUUGGAUUCCUGACCCCGUUCAAUUUUGAGAAUUUUCAGUCCCAAGUUGCUCAGGUUAUAGAAGGCAAUGCAGCCCUUGUCCUGCGAAGUCGGCUUAAGGUGAAGGUGGUCAAGGAGCACAGAGAGAAGAAGAUGAUGAUCCAGAAUGGGAUCGAAGAAAACGGAGUGAUGCCGCCAAGUCUAGAGAAGGAGAUGUUCAAGCAAGCCAUUCAGUAUCAGGUCUUGAAUGAAGUGGUGGUGGACCGUGGCCCUUCCUCGUAUCUCUCCAACGUGGACGUCUUUCUCGAUGGACACCUGAUCACCACCGUGCAAGGAGAUGGUGUCAUCGUCUCCACUCCCACGGGCAGCACCGCCUACGCAGCAGCGGCCGGUGCUUCCAUGAUCCACCCCAACGUCCCUGCCAUCAUGAUCACCCCCAUCUGCCCUCACUCCCUGUCCUUCCGGCCCAUCGUCGUUCCUGCGGGAGUGGAGCUCAAGAUAAUGCUUUCUCCUGAUGCCAGAAAUACAGCAUGGGUUUCGUUUGAUGGGCGGAAAAGACAGGAAGUUUGCCACGGGGACAGCAUCAGCAUCACUACCUCUUGUUACCCUCUCCCUUCCAUCUGUUUCCAAGACCCUGUCAGUGACUGGUUUGAAAGUCUGGCCGAGUGUUUGCACUGGAAUGUGCGGAAGAAGCAAAAUAACUUUGCGGUGGACGAGGAAGACGAGUUUUGACCGCUGAUGGGAGCAGAGAUAACAAAAACGGCACUAUCCCCUGUGUAUAAAAUUCUAUUUUUUACGCCGAAAUCUACUGGGAGUAGACCAAGAAAUAUAUAUAUAAAAUUUUUUAAAGAUGACAGCGAUGUACCUCAUAUCCGUCUGUUCUGAUGAUGACUUUUCUGUCUGUCACAAGUCGAGGACUCCUUUUGUCGAGCGGAUUGUGUGUUUAUCAGAAGCCUUAUUAAAACGAUGGGUGUUUCUUUGGACUUGUUUCUAACGCGGGCUUGAAUCGCAGAUUCUCUUUUGGUGGAUUCGCAAGCGGCGGUUGUAACAUGUGCACUUAGCAAAGCGAGAAGGAUCGGUGGGAUCCUUGAGGUCCGCUUUUUUGUUUCUGGAAAGAAAAUGACUUUUCACGCUGGGUUUUCCCAUUCUUGUGUGUCUCGAAGUGUUUUUUUUUUGUUAUCACCGUUGGUUAGAUUUCUUUGAUGAUGGUUGAAACAAGCCACUCCUCCAUUCUCAUAUCUCAGACUAAUCCGGAGAGAAAUCUUUCUGGAUAUAGCAAUCGUUUCAAGCAUUUGACGGUGGCUUUUCACGGUGCGUUUGAACGACGCAAGUGUCCUUUUGGGAUGUAUGUAUGUUUGAGAAUAUGUCCGCUGCAAUGAGGGAUUAUGGAUGUGCGCUAGACAUGUCCAAAAAAUCGUUUUGAAUCGUAUAUCGGAAUUAUUUCGGAUUGUUCUCGAUUUUUGAUACGCAUUCCGAGACAUUGUCUCACAGCACAACCAGCAAUGUAAUUCGAACCAUUGUUGGCCCAUUCUCUAAUUGUCUCUUAAUGUUUCGUUAAUUUUUUUCCCCCCAAUUUUUAAAAAUAUAAUUUUUUUUUUUCAUUUCUUCAACCUACCUUGAAUGGGAACCAGCCAAUCGGAAGCUUCCACGAUGGACGCAAAGGUGGGGGCUAACGUCCUCUGCGUCCACAUGGAAGAUUGCCAUACAAGCCCGGUGUGUAGCGAUUGCGCAUGCGCGUCCGCCAUUUUAGAAACAUUUAGAAUCAUUAGGAUUUUUCGGAAAUAUCCGAAAUUUUGGGGUGAAAAAAAUCGGAAAUACUUUCUAUAUCAAAGCGCCAGCGCCCCCUACUUUAGAAACGAGAAUUGAAACAUUUUUUUCAUCGAUCGGACAUGCCUAAUGUGCGCUGUGAAAAUCCUUUGCGCUGGAGACGUUUCGAGUGAAUUAAAGUCCCACCAUAAGUUUAUUUUCCCAAUCACGAGCGUGGGAAUUAAAUACAGUAGAGUCUCGCUUAUCCAACGUAAACGGGCCGGCAGAACGUUGGAUGGAUAAGCUAAUAUGUUGGAUAAUAAGGAGAGAUUAAGGAAAAGCCUAUUAAACAUCAAAAUAGGUUAUGAUUUUACAAAUUAAGCACCAAAACAUCAUGUUUAACAACAAAUUUGACAGAAAAAGUAGUUCAAUACUCAGCAAUGCUAUGUAGUAAUUACUGUAUUUACAAAUUUAGCACCAAAAUAUCAUGAUAUAUUGUAAACAGUGACUACAAAAAUGCGUUGGAUAAUCCAGAACGUUGGAUAAGCGAGUGUUGGAUAAGUGAGACUCUACUGUAGAUUUAUUCUGUACCCAAAGCAGCUCCUUUUGCAGCCUUCCGAGGUCUAUCCAACCAGAAAUGUUUUGCGAAUGUGAGCUUUCCUCCUGUUGUUUCCUCUAUGAAGCAACUUCUGUAACUACCACUGUUUUUUGCGAUUUGUUAUCGAAGGCUUUCGUGGCCAGAAUCACUGGGUUGCGGUGAGUUUUCCGGCCAUGUUCCAGAAGCAGCAUUCUCUCCUGACGUUUCGCCUACAUCUGUGGCAGGCAUCCUCAGAGGUUGUGGGGAUGCCGCUGUCCCCAAAAUGUGUCAACAAGAAAGUUCUAGGUAGAUAGGAAACAAAGGCCAAGAAUGACGAAUGUUCGCAGUAAAAUAAAAUACAUAUCCAGAAUUCCAAACUUUAUACAGAGGAAAAAAAUACUAAAAUUUCAUACUGUUGAUGCUUUGAAAACUUGUAAACUAUUGCUAAACUGAGAGCAUAACUAUUUUCCAGAUCUUUUCAAUAAAACUUCCUUUUUUUCCAA